AUUGGCUUCACCUUUUAUUCCUUCUUUGAUGCAGGCAGAGUCGCUGGUUAAAACACAACAUGAUCUUGGAGAAGCAAUGGGCGAGUUGGGUUUGGCAUUCAUUAAACUGAUAAAGUUGGAAAAUGAUGAGGCCAUAUACGCGUCUCAAAGAGUUGGAGCUGCUGAUGCCAAAAUAGUCGCAACUGCUGCUGUUAAAGCAAGCCGAUUUUACCGAGAAUUGAAUUCCCAAACAAUUAAACACCUGGACACUCUUCAUGAACAUAUGGGGUUGAUGUUAAGCAUUCAAAAUGCAUUUUCUGAACGAUCCAAUGCUUUAUUGACAGUACAAACACUUCUAUCAGAUUUGUCUUCUUUACGUGCGAGGGCUGAAAAGCUUGAAGCUGCCUCUGCCAGGGUAUUUGGUAGUGAUGAGUCGAGAAUGCAAAAACUUGAUGUGAUAAGACGAACAAUAAUGGUUACUGAAGAUAAAAGGGAUUGCGCUACCAGAGAGUAUGAAAGAAUUAAGUCCAUUAUUGGUCAGUUUUGGAGCAAAUACUAUGUUACCUCAAGGGAGCUCUUUGACAAGAUUAUUGAAUGUUUCUCUGCUGCAGAUUGGGCAUGUUUCAAGAUUGCUGAAAAUCCACUACUAGUUGUUGGUGUUAAUUUGGUCUCAUGGAAGAAUAAGAAAUUUAAUGUAAUGUCAUAG